AAAAAAAAAUGAGGGGUGGCAGGGAUAAAAAAGUCACCUCCAUUGUCUACCUCCCCACAGCACCUCUCCACCCGGGCUCCUGAAUUUAAAGAUGGAAUCAAGGCCUGAGGACACCACAGGGCAAGGAGAGUCCUGGGGUCAGUGACACUGUACAGCCAGCUGUGAACUCUAGUUCACAUUUGUGAAAAGAAGUGAAGGACUAGUACCUUGACUGCAGGGUCAGAGCAAGGGCAGGUCACUAAACAGCAGGUGUGGCACAGCAGGGCCUCCUGGGUAGUCCUUCUAGUGUAAGAAGAGCAUUUCCCCAGACCCCCGCAGGGAUGAAAAGUGGUAACCGCGGUAUUCUUUCACUGAACCCAGAUGUCUGCAGUCCGGGUUUUCCUGGGUUCUAGAGCUUGUGGGCAACAAGCCUUAAAGGCAUGUGGAAGAGAAAGGCAGCCAUGGGUAGAAGUGCUUGGUGCUGUUCUCUUCUGCCUUCGAAACAAAGGACUCCUCUUGCCCCCUUGCUCCUACGUAAGCUUAUGGGUUUGCCAACUGCCCUGUAGCUACUCAGGGAGGGAAAAGGACACGCUCUCCCAGAGUUCUAUGCUCAGGAAGUUUCUUUAACCACAGUUGUCCAAGAGUAGCUUGAAGGAGGUGCCUUCAAGAAGGAACAAGUCGACCACAGCCCUGCUAGGGCGCCUCCUCACAUUCCUGAGGAAAGUCACAAGCUGCACUGCAUGGCUGGGCUGGGCUAGCGCCAAAGCAAAGUAAGAACUGGGCAUUCAGCAACCAAGCACCCAGAGCCAGGGCACAGACACAUGAAGGUAAAGAGCCACACAUCCUUAGUCCUCCAAAAAAUGGAGUGGGUUUAAAAUUACCAGGCACUUCUUCCUGACUUACUAAAUCAGAAAACAGCAGGAAGGGUGCCUGGGAUUUUGGAAUGAAGGACAGGUUAGCACCGUGGAGGGCAAAGGAGAGCAGGACUAGUAGUCCAUUGUUCACUGAUGGGAAAUGAGAGAGCUGGCUCCAGGAGAGACAGAUGACUGGCAGAGGCGGCUUUGAGGACUCAGUCCUGGGUAUCAGGUGUUGGUAGCAUCUAUCAUGCUGGAGAUGGGGAGAGCAGUCAUGCCUGCUCUCAGCCAGGGACUGAGAGGAAAUGUAUAUUGGGCAUUGACCCUAAUCAGUGUUGCUGUCCCUGAAGGUCAGAGUGCCACAGUCUUGCUGUGCUCGUCCCUCAGGAAAGAAGGACUCUCUUCACUACCCUAAGGAUUCUAGAAGGGGAAACAUGGGGUUAGGAGUCAAUGGACUCUGCCACAGCUUUGAACAGGUAUGGCAGCAGAAGGUGGCUGGGAUUUUGGGGUACACCUGUACUCACUAGGUUCUGGAGUCUGCCUCUUAUCCUGAACGGCAAUCCAGGAGGUAGCCUGGGCUGUCAUUAGGCCUAGACUGUUUCACAGGCUCUCCUGGCCUGUCUUCUCAUUACCGCCUCUGCCCGUUUCUUGAGGCUCAGCUCACCCCGGCACACCACCUGCUCCUGAGCCCCACCAUCUCCCUGUGAUGGGUGAACUGUGUACUGUGUCUUGGGUCCAUUAUAUGAAUUGUGAGCAGGGUUCAUCUAUUUUAAACACAGAUGUUUACAAAAUAAAGAAUCCUUCAAACCAUAGGUGUGUCUGCCUUUAUGAAUCUCUGGGAGGAGGUAUCAGUUGGGACCAUGGAGGUGACAUGGAGUCAGAGAGUGAAUACUGAUAGAAGAGGUCCCACAACCCUAAAGUAACUGCAGAGUGACAAUGGAAAUGUCAGAACUGAGAACCACCCACCUAGGCUCUUCUGCCUACUAAGACAGCUGCUUCCAGAACAAUCACUGCUGCAGAAAAUCAUAAGAAACACAUUUGUUAGUACAUGCCCAACGUUACAAGCUUCUGGAAAGUGGAGCCACACGGGACCUUUAAGUGGACUCGUACACCUGGGCAGGGCUCCCUGGACACUUCACCAUGGCUUACAUUGCCAAGUCUUUCUAUGAUCUCAAUGCCAUCAGCCUGGAUGGGGAGAAGGUAGAUUUCAACACCUUUCGCGGCAGGGCAGUACUGAUUGAGAAUGUGGCCUCGCUCUGAGGAACAACCACCCGGGACUUCAACCAGCUCAACGAGCUGCAAUGUCGCUUUCCCAGGCGCCUCGUGGUUCUCGGCUUCCCUUGCAACCAAUUUGGACACCAGGAGAACUGUCAGAAUGAGGAGAUCCUAAACAGCCUCAAGUAUGUCCGCCCUGGGAGUGGAUACCAGCCCACCUUCACUCUUACCCAAAAGUGUGAGGUCAAUGGGCAGAAUGAACAUCCUGUUUUUGCCUACCUGAAGGACAAGCUUCCCUACCCUUAUGAUGACCCGUUCUCUCUCAUGACCGAUCCCAAGCUCAUCAUGUGGAGUCCAGUGCGCCGCUCAGAUGUGGCCUGGAACUUUGAGAAGUUCCUCAUAGGGCCAGAAGGGGAACCCUUCCGACGCUACAGUCGCACCUUCCAUACCAUCAACAUCGAGCCUGACAUCAAGCGCCUCCUCAAAGUUGCCAUAUAGAUGUGAGCUGCUCAGCUAUGGAUCUUCCACUCCUUCCAGUCCCUAAGUAUUCGUCCUCAGAAUUCAGUGUGCCCUCAGGAAGCACACUUUCCUUUAAUAAUGACCUUAAUCGAAGAACUUUGCCUUUCCUGUCUGCUUGUUUCCUUUUCCUCACUCAGCCCUCUUAUCCUGCUUGGGGCUCUAAGACUGCGGUAGACUCUUGGGCCUUCACAGAAUGAUGGCACCUUCCUAAACUCAUAAGGGCGAUGUCUGAAAAGUGUGAAGGGCCUGGAGCCAGCCUGCUAUUGGAGUCUAAUAAAGGGCAGGUGUGGAAAUAGCCUGGGUCUUUGUGUA